CUCGAGGCGCGUCGUCAGAGAGGCUCUUUUGGCGAUGGCGACUCAAGGCACACAUGACUUCUUUGUCAAAAAAGCCAAGAAGAAGGCCUCGUGCGGCUCUUUCCAGACGAUGUCUUUGCACCCGAGCCUGAUGAGAGCGAUUUUUAGGAAAGGCUAUCAUUUGCCAACGCCCAUUCAGAGGAAGGUCAUCCCAGAGGCGUUGGCUGGACGCGAUGUGGUGGCCAUGGCACGAACUGGAAGUGGGAAAACUCUGAGUUACGCCGUUCCAAUAUUACAGAGGUUGAAAGAAAAAGAAGUUGGCUUGAAAUAUCCCCCUGUCAGAGCGCUGAUUAUCUCUCCUACGCGCGAAUUGUGUCAGCAAAUCUAUAAAUACAUCGAACAGCUGAACAAGGCGUCGUCUGCAGGACUAAGAAUAGCCUUGAUAUUAGGAGGAGACCAGAUGCUUUACCAGUUUGAAAUGUUAAGCGCUUAUCCCAACUUGAUCAUUGCCACUCCAGGCAGGUUACUUCAUCUCGUUCAUGAGACCGGCAUCUCUCUGGCUCACGUAGAAAUACUCGUUUUGGAUGAAGCGGACCGACUUCUGGAGUCAGGACUUCAAACAGAGUGUCAGACCAUUCUUCAACAAUCUUCUCUGUCUACCAGGCAGACGCUUCUUUUCAGCGCCACACUGCCCGGAUCUCUCGUGGAAUUUGCCAAAGUCGGUCUCAAGGAGCCGGCUCUCAUCCAGUUGGACAAGGAGAGACAGCUCCCUCCGACUUUGAAUAUGGCGUUUAUUUCUGUUCGAACGGAACAAAAAUCAGCUGCUUUGCUCGUUCUUCUCAAAGAGCUCAUACCCUCUCCCUAUCAAGCAGCCAUCUUCACUUGUUCCAGACACCAUGUAGACUAUCUAUAUGAACUCCUCACUCAGCUUCGGUUUACGGCCGUCGCCAUCCACGGACAGCUCGAUCCCUCUUCGAGGAAGAUCAACAUGGCCAAAUUUUGCAAAAAAAAGGCUCAGUUCAUGAUUGUCACCGACCUGGCCGCCAGAGGCAUCGACAUACCCCAACUGGACGUCAUCAUCAACUACGAUUUCCCGGAUAAGCCGAAGCUGUUCAUCCAUCGCGUAGGGAGAACUGCUAGAGCCGGAGAGGUCGGAUACGCCUAUUCCUUCGUCCAGCCCGACGAACGAGGAUACUAUUAUGAGCUCAAGUCUGUUCUGAACCUGGAAAGGCGAUCCAAGGAGCAAGAACAACAAGCACCUCCCCCGCCUCAAGAUGAUGGGCAAUUCGUCAACAGAUAUGUCAAACCCGAUUUCUCCACCUUUCUAGGUUCUAUUCCCUCUUCUUGCCUCUCCACUUAUUCGGACUUGGUUCAAUCCGCCCUCGCCAAAGACUGCAACCUGCAGAAGCUCCACGCCAGCGCUCAGAACGCCAAGAAGCUGUAUCGCACCAUCUGCCGAAAGCCUGUUCCCUCGGCCGUCCUCGAGGGAAAGCGUCGACUUGACGGCACCCUCGGCGAUUCCCACCCUCUGUUCAAGCACCUGGAGACUGACUCCGACUGCGGGCUCGAGCGAUUCAUCCAGACGAACCUCAAAAAUUACAGGCCGCCUCAAACGAUUCUGGAGACCAAAGACGAGCAGAAGCACGCAACCACUGCUCCCUCGGACGCCUCAUUGGCCAUGCUCCGAAAAAGAGCAUUCCAUCAAUCUAAAAUUUCCAAGGCGGAGCAUCACGACCUUCCGGAAGUCGAACUCGACACAAAAAAAACAGUCGAUUUCAAACGCUCGAUCCAACCUGAACCUUCCUUCAAAGACGAGCGAUACUUUCUGGAGUGCCUUCCCCCUUCUCAACCAAGCUACUUGUCCAUUCGCGACAAACCUGUCCAUCCAAACAGUCUCGAGGCGUCCGUGCUCGACCUGACCCCCGAUUGCAACCAAGACCUACUCAAGCACCGCAGUCUCAUGAAGUGGAACCGCAAGAAACGCAACUACGUCCGCGCGGAAGACCUCCCUGAGCACAAGAAAAAGCUCAGAGUCAAAAACGAAGCCGGAAAACUCGUGAUCGUCGGCGCCAAAAAUCAGGGAAAGCUCUACGAGGAAUGGUCGAAGGCGUCCGGGAAAACCCUCGAAAACCCCCUUCCUCCGAGCAGUCGGUUCAGAGAAACUCACCUCCUUCCCCCGAUGCCGAAAAUAGAGUUCGAUCGCCGUAAGGCAAAACACGUCACAAACGCCCUCCAGUCUAAACUUCGUCAAUCGAAGAAACACAAGAAGAAGGGCGCCGGUCGUCGUUAGAACCCGGCCCAUUCCAAAAUGGCGGCUUUUGCGAGAUUCAACCGCCUGAAAGUCGGCGUUCUUUGGAUUGUGGGUAAUUCCGUUAAAAAAAAAGCUAUAAAAUACCUUUUUUAUCAAAAAA